UGUCGUCACGGAUCGAGAUCAAAAUGAUAAUGAUCCAGCCAUCCAGGGAAGGGAGGGACAGCGAGCGACCCAGCACUUCACUUCCGAUCCAUUAGCCGUUAGUCUCAGCAGCAGAGCGGGAGGAGAUCGAGCGCGCGCGCGCACCGGCACCGCCGCGCCGGGGCAGCUAGCAAACGGAUGGCGCACGUCGACCGGCCACCGAGCCGCGCCGUGCUCGCCGUCGCCGUCGCCGUCGCUGCCGCGGCGCUCUUCCUUGUCGUCGCCGCGGGCGCCCCGCGGGCAGCCGGCCAGACGACGACGACGACGACGGUGGUGGAUCCGGACAGCUGGGCCGAUCGCGGCGCGGCGUGCACGGGCACGGGCACGGUGGAGGAGUGCGGCAUGGCCAGGAGGGAGCUGGGUUACGGCGGGUACAUCAGCUACGACGCCAUGAGCCGGGGGCGCGUGCCGUGCUCGUACCGCGGCGCGUCCUACUACAACUGCCGGCCGGGUGCGCCGGCCAACCCUUACUCCCGCGGCUGCUCCGCCAUCACCCGCUGCAGAGGCUAGCUAGGGCAGCAACCGAUGAUGUCUCGUCUCGUCCGUCCGUGUCUCAGUUCCUGCCGCGGCAGGCCGGCAGCAAGCGAUGAAUCCUGUUUUCUUCUCUUCUCCUUUACAAAAAUCUUUUUGGUGUUUUUGUGUUCUGUAGCUGGUUAGUUGUUAGCUGGGCUUUGAGAGAUUGGUUCUUGAUGAGUUGACAGACAUAGAGCAAGCUGUUUCUUGCUCCAUGAUUUUGUAAUUGGCAUUGGAAAAAGGGUACAUGCAUGUAUGAAUCAAGAACUCCUCCUGAUUCAUUAUAUUUGUGUGCAUAUAUAUAACGCUUGCAUCAUCUUUCAUGCUAA